AUGGCCGCCCCGCUGGUGGUCGACAUCGCCGUGGACCUCGGAGGGCCGCCCUUCCGUCUCCACACCGUGAGCGGCCCCGACCGUGGCCAGAUUGUGGCGACCUUGCCAGAGGAGUGCCGCCCCAGCGGCGGCCGGCUCAUCUUCAACGUGCCCCUGAAUCGCGGAGGAUCCGUCGCUCGGGUGGACGUGGAUCACGAGGGCGGCCUGAUUUGGUGGAGAGGCGGCUCUGGCUCCUCCUGGCUCAGCCUCGCGGGCAUCAUCUUUGCCCCUCAAGGCUAUGCCCCUGCGACGUACCGAGCCGUUGGCGGCCUCUGCCUUCUCAGCGGCCUCGUCACAGAUGCCGUGAUGCGCGUGGAUGUCCAGACGGAUGGCUGGGUCGGGUGGGUGGGCGGCAGCACAUACCACCAUUUCGCCAGUCUGAGCGGCAUCGCCUUCUCCCUCGACCCAGAGCAGACCUUCCCACUGGCGCUAGGUCCCAAUGCUUACGACUAUGGUGGCCCCUAUUCAUCACCGACCUACAGCUUGAUCGACGGCCUCUGUGUUCUCGAAGCUCUGAUCAGCUACUCGAGCACGACGGUGCUUGCCUACUUGCCAGUGGAAUGCUGGCCCAUGCGAGAGUUAUCGUUCUCUAUGAAUCAGCAGGAGUCGGCGCCGCGUGUGCAGGUGUAUGCAAAUGGAGAAGUUAAGCUGCUGGCUGGAGGCGCCGACAGCGGCUGGAUCAGCCUCAGUGGCAUUGCCUUCGCCCCGGCGCCCGGGGGGCGCCGCAAGCUGCCGUACCAAAAUGGCUGGGCGGACUAUGGCGCCGACUUCGGCAUGGCGACGUUCAGCAUGAAGAACGGCUUCUGCGUUUUGGAGGGUCUGGUUCAUGGAGGCGACUGGAAUGGCUGGUUCGCAACGCUUCCAGAUGGCUGUCGGCCUACCAAGAGGUUGAUCUUCCACGCUAACAACCACGCAGGAUCCGCCCGCGUGGAUGUCAAGACAGGUGGCGAAGUGACGUAUGUGGAUGGCCCCAACAAUCAUCACUGGAUGAGUGUCGCUGGAAUCAUCUUCGCUCCAGACACAGUUGGGCACAUCGCGCUGCCCUUGGCAGGCAGCUGGACCGGCUAUGGCGAAGCCUACGAAUCCCCCGACUACACCGUCAAGAAUGGCAUCUGCUCCGUGGAAGGACUGAUCCGGGGAGGCGCGUGGGGUCACCUGGCGACGCUCCCCGAAGACUGCCGCCCCUCUGAGGGCGCCUUAGUCUUCGUGGCAAACAACGACGAGCUGCCUGCACGAGUCAACGUCGAGGCGGAUGGCCGGAUCAAUUGGCUGGCUGGAGGCAACGGGCAUCACUGGAUCAGCCUGAGCGGCAUCGUCUUCUCUCCGAGCAGCGCGAAUAUCGCAGGGUACACCAUUCCCCUCCAGAAUGGCUGGACCAACUACAAUAAGGGCUAUGCCCCUGCAAAGUACAGAGUGGUGAGUGGCAUUUGCAUCCUCGAGGGCCUCAUCGAAACAGGCUCCAGCAACCACGCGGCGACGUUGCCCUCCGACUGCCGUCCCAAGAAGAAGCUGGUUUUCGAUGCCAACAAGCACGAAAACAUUGACCGGAUCGAUGUGGGCGCGGACGGCCAGAUCAUCUUCUACAGCUUGAAUUCCGGGGGCUGGGCCAGCUUGUCGGGCGUGGCUUUCGACGUGGAGUAA